CAAAGGGCUGUGGGGCAUUGGAACAGGCUGCCCAGGGCAGUGCUGGAGUCACCAUCCCUGGAGGGGUUUGACAUGGGGUAGUGGUGGACUUGGUAGUGUGAGGUUUAUGGUUGGACUCAAUGAUCUCGAGGGUCUUUUCCAACCAGAAUAGUUCUGUGAUUCCGGGUGUGUUUAAGGCUGAGCUGGAGCCUGGUUUUUGAGGGGCUUGGAGAGGGCAAAAAGCCAGGAGAGGGGAGUGGGUGGCUGGUGGGAGACGGGCUUCCAGGUACCGAGGAUGGAGCAGAGCCCGGCAGCACCCGCUGCUGCAGCCCGGCCUUCCUGGGUGCGCUUCGGCUCCAGCGUCGUAGGAAGAGCCCUCAGCCAAAGCAAUGGCCAUGGGUGUUCCUGACGCUUCUCCCAGAGGCAGCAGCAGGAUCUCGGCACAGGACUCAGGGCUCAGAGCGAGUUCAGGUGUUGCUGCUGUUUGGCUUUCAAAAUGGCUGAGUGUGAUUUUUCUUCCGGUAAAAACAGCCUCUACUGUCUGUUUGCUUGUCAGACAGGGUGUAGGUUAUGUCACAAUGUAGCCCAGAGUGAUGUGCAAUCCUGGGGGAAUGUGCUGGCCCUAACCGGGGGGAAUGAAUGGAUAUAUAGUGAAGUAAACUUGUGUGUGUUCAGGACGAACAUCCCAGGCAACGACAUCCAGUCGGGUAAGGAGAUCUGCCAUUACCUGCCCCCCUUCCCCACCAUGGGCACUGGCUACCAUCGCUUCAUCUUCCUGCUCUUCAAGCAAGACCGCCGCGUUGAUUUCAGUGAGGAUGUUCGGCCCACGCCCUGCCACAGCCUCAAGAUGAGAACCUUUAGCACGUUUGACUUCUACAGAAAGCACGAGGAUGCCAUGACCCCGGCAGGGCUGGCGUUUCAACAGUGCCAGUGGGACAGCUGCGUUUCCUGGGUCUUCCAUCAGCUCCUCAAUAUGAGAGAGCCCGUGUUUGAAUUUGUGCGGCCGCCUGUUUACCAUCCUCCCCAGGUGAAGUUCCCACGCCACCAGCCCCUGAGGUACCUGGACAGGUACCGAGACAGCAAGGAGCCCACCUACCGCAUUUACUAGGGCUGGGCCUCCCCUCGAGGUGCUCAGCUCUGUGCUGGCUGGAAGGGCUGGGCUUAUCCUUCCUUGGAAAAAUCAUUAAAUGAACCCAGAUCAAGUA